AGUUCUCCUCUGAACUCCAAAGUGUUCAGGUGUUUCUUCAGCUCUUUUCCCGGAGCACACAUAAGAAAAUUGAGUUUAAGAGACUUGCAUGCUGUUAACAACUCUCCUGAGUAAAAUUAAAUUACGUUUUAUUUGUCAGUUACACCAAGUGCAAUCAAGUAUAAAUUGCUAAAUUGACGCUACUCCAUUGCAUGCCGUUUGUCUCGAAUUUAGGCCAAUCAUUUAUAUUUUAGUGGCAAUGUUUCUUUUCCACAUUUGUGGAAAUUUUCGGUAAAACUGCCACUUAACAUUUUCCGUACUAACGGACUCUUUGCUGAGAUUGAAGUGCCUUGAAGUGAUAUUGCUAAAAUGCCAACAGUGUCUUCGCGAAUGUCUGAAGAUGUUCUUCUAGACGAUUCCUUGGUUACACCAACAAUUCCCGUGUCUUUUUCCAAACCCAACGCCAUAGUACGUCCUGUCCAGAGGACUCUCACACGAGAGGCCAGUGAAAAAAUCUUCUCAGACAUUGGUAGUCAUCUGACUGAUUCUAGUGAGGGCAGGGGAGCUCUCAAGGAAUUUGUCGAACAGUUAGACGCCAAACUGAAGCGACUUCAGUGUCAAGAUCAAAAGGAUCCCAAGAAGAAGGGUGUCAAAAUCACCAAUGAAAUUCAAAAACAGCGACCACUAUUUAUCACAACCGUCCCUACUGGAUACUAUGUCCAACCUUGCAAGGAACCCAUCUGUAUCCGAAAGGUCUAUGCAUACUCCAGCCAUCCGAGAGUUGUCGCCAGCCCAGACAAAUCUCAACAGCAAUCCCGAAAAUUACAUCGCCCUGCUCUCGAUCUCAAACGCCACGUAAUCUCUGAGCCUGGCGUUCGCAAAGAAACUCUCAGGGAUUCCAAUCAGCCUUACCAAAAUAUGAUGUUCGACAAAAGGGUUGUCCGUGGGAGCAAUUUCAAUGCAAAUGCGGCAACAAUUACGUGGAAUCCCAAUUUUGCCUAUGCGGGCCUCCUCUCGGGAAAGGGCGAUACUGAUCACAAGGACACAGCUAAAAGGCGGCAAUUGCUGAGGAAAAAACCACGAAAUCGUGGAAUUGUAGGGACACCUCCACCGGUCAGAGGAAGACGACAUGAGAAUGUCCAGACGGACAAGUACCUGGAGGAGCUUUUUGUGCGCCCUAGUGAAAAUGAUGCCAGCUGCCAGACAGAUCUCUUUCUCCAGAGACCACCAUCUGCUCCGUUUGUGGCUACAACAGCUGGAAGGGAUGCUGAAACGGAGAUUCUAGAAGGAGAACUUACCCAUUCAGAUCAGGAAGUUCAACCUGUGGUGGACAAUCUCAUUGGGAGAUGCAUGGAACAAGCAUUUUUGGAAGUUAUUCACGAAGAAGAAGUGGCUGAGAUGAAGAAGGAACAGCAAAAACUCCUGGCACUUCGGGAAGCUGAACUGGACAAGUUGAAAAAGAUGAAUGGCGCAAAUAGAGAGACCUUGGGGAAGACCAAAGGCCGCGUUUCUGCUGCAAAACUCCUCCAAGAGCACAUUGCUGACCUUCUGCCUGCCAUCCUCAGCUCUAUUCAAUCUGUUACUGAGGCAGAGAAUCGAGAAGAGCUUGAGCGACAGUUGCGACCAUGGCUAGCACGAGAAGUGGCUGAAGAAAUUGGUCAUAUGAUUGAUUCCAGAGAACUCCUUGGAGAGAUUGUCAAGGAGAUCCUCCACGAGAGAGCUGAACUCUACGGGGGAAUCUCAGAGUCAGAAAGUGAAGUAUCUCUGGCUCCUGAGAGGAAGCUCAACCAAAUUAAAAGCGAAGAUAUUAAUGAUGGCAAGGAGAAGGCAGUAUUUAUCGAAGGAGAUGAGAUACUGUACCGCCGGGAAGAAAAGUGAAAUACAAGAUCAUCAUUUGAGAUAAAAUUUAGCAAUAUUUCUCUUCUUCAGUUACACCACUUUAACAAUAAAAUUCUUUAUAUA